UAUACCUACAAGAAAAUGUACCGAAGCAAUACAAGCAAUCAAUGCUACUUGUACAUGUACAAGGUAUAUGGCAAGUAGCGGUGAGGAUAUACAAUGCACUUCAAUGUUUAUGCUUAUUUACCUACCUUUACCUACCUUAUUCAUCUAUAUCUCUAGUACCUACUUUCUAACCUACUACCAGCUAAGUACCGAGUACUGUCUCUUGGUCACUGGAUGCAGAUUCAGGUACAUGCGUAUAGCACCUUUAUUCAGUACUGUGUACUACCUACCUAUGCAAGUAUGCAUUAUAUGUACAUAUGUAACGUUGAAGCAUCUCAACGAAAACAGAAACAUUCUAACCUCAAAUACUCUCUUUACUUAUCUGAUGCAAGAUCAUUACGUCCCCAGUCUCAUCAAUUAACCAUAUAAUACGUAUAUCCAAUCUGUGUUGCUUUUCUAUCAUUCGCUCAGUCAGCCAAUAAUCAUGCCACCGACUAGUCGCGUCUGUGAUCGGUGUAUUAGGAAAAAAGUCAAGUGUGAAGCAACAAAUUCAAACCAUAAGAUCCCAUCAGUAAACUAAUAUCAUUUAUUUGUUGUAGGUGAUUUGCAACGGCCACAAUGCUCUCGCUGCUCCGAAGC